AUGCGUCGCAACCGUCGCAAUGGUGGUGGUCGUGGCGGAAGAGGCCGUGAAGGCCGUAGUGGUCGUGGUCGUGGUAUCAGCGCUGUCCAUGAUGGACGAGCUGAUCAAGAAGAAACAAAAGAAGAUAACAAUGAUGGGCGUGGGGCAGGUGCAGGAAUGAGUUUGCUAUCAUCUACAAACACUCUUACCAACCGAUGUGAACUGGACUCGCAUGCAGAUACAUGUGCUUUUGACCCUGCUGGAUGUUGCGUCCUUUCAACGUCCUCUCAGUCAAUAAAUGUCACCGGUUUUCACAAUGGUUUGAAAAUAAACGAUGUUCAAAUUGGGAAUGUCUGUCUUGCCUUUGACUGUCCAUUUGAUCAUCGAACCUACUGUCUGCAUUUCUGUGAAGUGCUUCUGAUCCCUGGUCUAGGAUCGCAUCUACUCUGUGUUGAUCAACUGCGUGCCAACAACGUAGUGGUAAAUGACGUGCCGUUAAUUCGAUUGCGGCCUGAACAACGAAACAGAGAAGCUCAUGCUAUUUUGACAUCGGGUCUAAGGAUCCCAUUACUAUUCCACAAACCAAUUUCCUACUUUACAUGUCGCCAACCUACAGAUGAAGAGAUCAGCGAUAUCAUGGAGUUUCAACCUAUCUGGAUGACUGCAGACAUUCCUUGGCAGCCUUAUGACCCUGACUCUCGGCGCCAAGAAAAAGCUCUGCGACAACAGAUUGAUGCUGACUAUCAAGCACGGUAUCACCAACUCGCAUCUUUCACUCGACUUGAUUCAACGCUCCCAACUGCUGCUUGCCUUGAUCGUUUACCGCAAGUUCUAGGGGACAGCAACAAUGUCGUAUGUGGUGUACACAGUUUGACAAUUCGAUCGAUGAAAACUUCCGGAAAAUCCUAUCUCAUCAAGCCGGAUCAACUUGCUCGUCAAUGGAGAACCAGUAUGAAAUGUGCUCGUCGCACCCUGGAGAAGACAACUCAACGUGCCGUUCGUGAUUGGCCAGUCGUUCAAGGGUCUUGUCGUUUUCGCCCUGUACAAUAUCAGUUGGAGUAUCCAAGAUUGAAAACAAAUGUCUAUGUUGAUGUUAAGUUUGGACCCUGCAAGUCAGCUGAAGGAAACACUUGCGUCGCGGUCUAUGCUACACCAGUACAGUGGGCUCGUGCUUAUCCGUUGAACAAAGAAUCAGAUGUUCACACAAGCCUCACACAACUAUUUCGUCAGUUCGGUUUUCCCCAAUGUCUCAUACCUGACGAUGCCAAGUCACUCACUCAAGGGAAAUUCCGAGAAGUUGCUAACAAAGGACAAGUGCCAAUUCAUCCUAUUGAGCCUCAUCAUCCUAAUCAAGCACUGACAGAAGACACAAUUUGGGAAGGAAGUCGACUUUACCGUCGAUUCAUGCAUGCAAGGAAUAUCCCUAUUGCGUUCUGGGAUCGAGUUUUUAUGUAUGCUUUUGAGAUUCGCAGUCACAUGGCACUGGGACUUGCAAUACAAGAAGGAGAAUGUGGAGCCACAAUUGUUUCUGGCAACACUAAAGAUAUCUCUCACCUGGUUGAUUUUGCUAUUUGGGAUUGGUGUUGGUGCCUUUCACCUAAUCGCUCAUCUAAGGAUGGGAAACAACUAUGUCGUUGGCUUGGUCCAAGUUUUACUAUUGGAGCAGCUCUUUGUUUUGCUGUUGCUAUUGCCAAUGGACAAGUACUACAACGAUUGUCAGUGAUUCCUUUGUCAGCCAAAGAGCGAAACAGUGAACCAAUGGAAGAGAAAAAGAAAGAGUUUAUGGAAGACCUGAAGAAGAAUCUGAAGAAGAAGGCUGAAGGAGUUUCUAUCUCUGAAGAAGAACUUGAUCGCAUUUGGCAUAAAUACAACAUGCCGAUCUCUGCAAUCAAAGACGGUGGUUUCCCGCAGUAUGCAAAAUAUGAAGAUCACCCACAAGAAGAUCCUCGUCACAGGAUUGAAGAUGAUUUUGAAGAGCCGCCAGAUCAAGAAUCAGAUCCUGUUGAGUUUGACAAAUAUGUCUCUGCAAAAGUAUCGUUUAAUGCAGAUGGAGUUGAGACUUUUGGAGUUGUUCAAGGUCGGAAGCGUGACUCAUCUGGAAAAUUGAUUGGUCACUACCACGAGAAUCCACACCAUGACACAUCGAUCUAUCAAGUGGAGUUCGAGGAUGGAAAAGUGGAAAGCUUCUAUGCAAAUCAGAUUAUCGAAGGGAUAAUGAUGAAUGUCGAUGAUGAAGGUAACACGAUGUACCGGAUUCGCGAAUUUAUUGAUCAUCAACGUGAUGGACGAGCAGUUAGAGGGGACGAUGGAUGGUAUACUACCUCUAGCGGUCUCAAGCGUCCACGAAAGACAACUAAAGGAUGGAAAU